UCCCGGCAAAGCGCAAAGCUAAGGGCGCUUUGCAGGGCGCUGUGGCUGGGAGACGUAAAGGGCGGACAGGCGAGUCCCUCCCGCGCUCGCGCAUCCCCGAAAUGGCCCGGAGGCAGGACGAGCAGAGAGGGGCAGCGCCCUUGAUGGCGGAAGGCAAGUCGGACGCAGAGGUUAAGCUCAUUCUGUACCACUGGACGCAUUCCUUCAGCUCUCAAAAGGUGCGCUUGGUAAUUGCUGAAAAGGCAUUGAAGUGCGAGGAACAUGAUGUAAGUCUGCCCCUGAGUGAGCACAAUGAACCCUGGUUUAUGCGUUUGAACUCAACUGGAGAAGUGCCCGUCCUUAUCCACGGGGAAAACAUUAUUUGUGAGGCCACUCAGAUCAUUGAUUAUCUUGAACAGACUUUCCUGGAUGAAAAAACACCCAGGUUAAUGCCUGAUAAAGGAAGCAUGUAUUACCCACGGGUACAACAUUAUCGAGAACUACUUGACUCCUUGCCCAUGGAUGCUUAUACACACGGCUGCAUUUUACAUCCUGAGCUAACUGUGGACUCCAUGAUCCCAGCUUAUGCAACAACAAGGAUUCGCAGCCAAAUUGGUAACACAGAGUCUGAACUGAAAAAACUUGCUGAAGAAAACCCAGAUUUACAAGAGGCGUACAUUGCAAAACAGAAGCGACUUCAAUCAAAGCUCCUUGACCACGACAAUGUCAAAUACUUGAAGAAAAUUCUUGAUGAAUUGGAGAAAGUCUUGGAUCAGGUUGAAACUGAGUUGCAAAGAAGGAAUGAAGAAACCCCAGAAGAGGGCCGCCAGCCAUGGCUCUGCGGGGAAUCCUUCACCUUGGCUGACAUCUCGCUUGCUGUUACACUGCAUCGACUGAAGUUCCUGGGGUUUGCGAGGAGAAACUGGGGAAAUGGAAAGCGACCGAACUUGGAAACCUAUUACGAGCGUGUCUUGAAGAGAAAAACAUUUAACAAGGUUUUAGGACAUGUCAACAAUAUAUUAAUCUCUGCGGUGUUGCCAACCGCAUUCCGGGUGGCCAAGAAAAGGGCCCCAAAAGUUCUUGGCACCAUCCUUGUGGUUGGUUUUUUUGCAGGAAUGGGAUAUUUUGCUUUUAUGCUUUUCAGAAAGAGACUUGGCAGCAUGAUAUUAGUGCUCAGACCCAGACCAAAUUAUUUCUAGGCUUGUGGGGAUCUAGUGGCGGCAACUCAUCGAGCCAUUCAACUAGAUCCUUCUCCACUCUUCCAGGCCCAGUGAACAAUGACCCUGGGCAGCUAGUAAAAAGCAUAAUUUACUUUACUCUUUGGCUAGUUUAUGCAGGGAGAGGAGGCAAUGAAGAUGUCUUUGUGGGCUGGUAACUUUGAGAGGACUUAUUUGCAAACCUGAACUAAUUCAUCCUUAAAACAUGUGCAAAGUCAAGAUAUGUGAAUGCUGAUAGGCAGAGAGUAGACCUUUCGCUCAAAAUGUCAGUUCAAGUUCUGGGUUAUUUUGGGGGAGAAGUUUAUUAUUAUGAGCAGACAGUAAUAAUCUAUGAUUGCCCGUAGCUCUUCAUCUGAGACUAUCUGGGUGUGUUGAGUGUUGAAUAGUUAGCAGUAUUUUCUCCUGGAAUUCAGAAAUCAUCUUUGUUAGUCAACACAGGAGUUCAGAUAGCAGCAGGGUACAGCAGUACUUCAUACUCUCACUGUUAGCUUUAGGCAGAAAUAAGGGAGGCAAAGGGGCAAAGAAGGGGGAAAAAGGAGAAUGAAGUCUAUAUAAUGAUGACAAUAGAAUGCAACUUCCAGGUGCCUCCGAUGCCACUCAUGGCUGCCUGUCCCCUUAGUAAACAUUAUGUUUGACUACUUGUGGCUACAGCCCAUGCAUCCUCCUGUAACUGAGGACCUUGGAAAAAGAGGACUGGGGAGUUACUGGGGGGAGUUGGCUGGAGAAAACCCUGGGCUUUACACUUAUAGCACCUCAUCUGACCUUAGUGUUAAUUUUAAAUGCACAUAAAUCACAGUUACUAAUUUAUUAAAAUUAACUGCUUACCUACUUGGGCAUGAGAUGCCUACUGGAACAUGUCUGACUAGCAUUGACGUGAAACUCUUAAAUUUCCUCAUGGUUCCCCAAUUCGAAGGUGCCUGUGAGAUAUCACUCCCGUGGACUGUUAUGAACAGUCACUGGGAGUCUUGGCCUCUCCAGCCCUUUUGUGCCCACAGGUGGCAUUUAGGUGAAUGUCCCAGGUAACUGCUAGCAUGGCAUGUGGCUGAGGAGUGGGUAUUUUGUUGAUCUGGGAGUGUUAAAUAGGCUCAUUCUGCAUUUAGGGAGGCUGGUGUGUUAAUGCAAAACUGUUGUCUAAACCUUGCAUGUAUUUAUUGUCAUCAACAAAGCCUUAAAAGGUUACAGGGAAGGAGAAAAUCUAGUCUUGAUCCUUGGCAAUUAAUUUAGGGGAGAUGAAAUAAGUCGAUAGAUAGUGAGUCCACCUAUAUUCCUUCAUGUAUGUCUAGGCAUUGUAGGGGGUGCCUCAGUCCAUCUGGAAGGGAAAAUCCCUGUGUGUCCCAUGAACAAUAAUGGAACUGCAAGAUACAGUUUGUGCCCAGGAAGAAUCUUUCCUGGUGACAGGAAGGUGGAGUUUCUCUGGAGUUGGCCAGAAAGGUGUGGGGAACAGUGUUAGGUGUGAUGGGAAGUAUGUAUGGGGAAUGGUGAGCUAAGGUUCCAGCGAACAGCAGAAGCUUGCUUGGACUGCCUCAGAUGGGCUGUGCAGAUGGCCAAAGAAUGUACCUACCAACUUUUUCAUUAACAGGAAACAGUCAUACCUACUAAACAAUGACUUUUUGAUGGUAAAAUGAUUCUAUAAUUCAUGAAUCAGUUGUGUUAGAAAAUAUUGUUGAACUGGAUACUCUCUGUUUCUAAAAAAUUAAUAACAUCUCCAGUGUAAACUCAAUCCAAUAAUAAUUAACAGACUGGCAGCUUUUAUAAUGUCUUGAUUUUGAACCUCAGUGCAUUGUUGUAUAGAGUGUCUGAAUUUGUUGCUGGGACAUUCCAAAUCAUGUAUUCAUAAAAGAGCCACAAAACUGAUUAUUCAGUAGGUCAGAGUGUUUCAGAGUUCUUUAUGUCAUCCUUUUAUGAGCAAGAACUCAGACAUGAAGAAAUUGAAAUUGGAUUUUUACAAAAAUCUACAAAGGAGGAUAUUUACCUAUAUAAGGGUUGUUGAUUAAGAAUAAAGAUUUGAAGUCCAAUGCUGGCUUUUCAUUAAAUUUAUAUUAUUACUGAUCAAGAGAAAAUUUACUAAAAGUAUUUAUGAUUUUCAGAUACAGUUUCAUUGAAAAUAGGCUUGUGUCGCUAUUAAAGGUGAUGCAUUUGUGGCAAUUUCACUUGUUUCAUGGAUACCCUUGAGUUUAUACUUUUAAGAUAUUUGUUUAGGGGUUAAAAUGACCACUAGGUGUCGCUGUUCAUCCAGCAGUCUGAGAUAGGGCCUUCUUUAGGUUCAGCAAGUCUUCUGAAAUGUUACAAGUGAAGAUAAACAUUAAUGACCUUAGUUUCUGAAAUGAGGGCAUCUUCAUCAGAUCAUUCAUCUGUAAAAGAGCUUGAGGCAUAUGUAGUAUUGACGUCUAAUGCUUGGAAGGGAUAACUGUACCACACAAUGUCAAGCUAAAGAGCUGAACAUAUACUAUUAGCAAAAUAGGCACAUUUAUGUAUUCUCUCUUUCAUGAUCAUUGGUGGACUGGCCAACGUGCUCCUCAAUUUCCAAAAUUUGUAUAAAUUAGAAAAAUGCCUGAGGUACUAAAUUUAUGUUGGCUAUUUAUGUCUUAACACAAAUACUAUUUUAUUGUUAUUGCUGUUACAUGCCUUUUGGAUCUAAUUUCCUUAAUUGCAGAUAGUUGUAAAUUGCUUGCUCAAUUUUUAGUAAUUAUUGAUAUUGACACCAGAGUUGUAGACUUUUUGGUGUUGUUGAAUGUAAUAGAUCAAGAUACUAUUCUGCCUGUAAGAUCAAUGAAAUUAAUUGGAAAAUAAACAUGUGUCCUGAAAGUA